AUAUGUAUUGCUUUGAAUAUCCGAUAAACUUGCGAUACAGCAGGGGAGUAUUGAACAAUAUCUCGAUAAAGGAAUAUACUCAACCGCUGCGGCGGCGUUGCGGCUGCGCGCUGGUGUGCAAGCUGCCUGCCAACAGGCAGCCACCAGCACAGCAGCAGCUGGCUGCCGCCCUUCUGGCCCCAAAGGGCCCCUCAAAGCAAACCCCAACCGAUACCGAUACAAAUCGGUAUGAUUCAAAACGAUUUGCAGCGAUAGUCUUCGAUACGAUGUGAGGUUGCGAUACUUGCUUUUCGAUACCGAUAGCUCGCAAUACGCAACGAUACGAUUCGGUAUGUUGUAUUUGUAUUGUUGAAACGACCCUGACGACUAUGCGAGACUUCAGCAAUUGGAGCCAAUGGUGCAACCUGCUUUACCAGGGCUUCUCACCCAAGUUGCCAGUGACGGGGCCACGCAGCUUGCAGAGGUAUGGAGAUACCAUGGCCCGCCAGGUCGCUUGGGCUUCGCUCUGGGGUCCACUUUCAAUCCUCGGCACGGACAUUCAGGCACCUUCUCCUGAUCGUGGAGGUCUCACUGCACUUCUGUGCCUCCACAUGACACUUCUCACAGCGGCUGACUUGGAUGGCGCGGGCCGUCAGACGCUGACAUGGAUUGCGAGAGCAGUGGUGAGAGCAGUGGUAUCUUCGGCUCGAGUUCGCCUCGGGCUUCGUGGCGAUGUCGCAACUUCCGGGCCGAGCACCUGAAGCGGAGAAGCUGGUGGCGAAUGCAGCAUAGACUAUAAAGGGCACUUCCCGACGCAGAACAUGGCCCUGUACGAGCUGCUGCUCCGACAACUGCAGGUGCACGAGCCUUCGCCCAAGACGGCGGAGGGCCGACAGCUCAUGGAGAAAGCGAGGCCGAGCUGACCCAAGCUUCAGUGGCUCAGGAAAGCCAAACAGCAGGAGUCCUCGCUGCCCUUCUUUUUCGACAAUGAACCAAAAAGGACCAUUCUGGAGAGGCCUAUGGCUGAAGACCAGAAGGACACUUCAGAGGAGACUUAGUGAAGACGCCAAUGGAUCUGAAUACCGAGCUCGGAUUCACCGACGGCCUUGUAGAGUUCACAUCUAUUUCUCUGACACUGGAGGUGGUCACCGGGCAUCAGCUCUUUUUCAUGGAGGCUGCUUUUGCAGCGGCAGUAUGGCAACAGGUGUCCAUAGAGCUUGUCGAUUUCAUGCGGACAGCCAUGCCUUGGCCACUGUCCCAGGCGCCCGAAACAUACUAGGCGAGAAGAGGCCACGCAGGUGAUCAGAUGAUGUGGAGUUACAGCAAGGAGUCCAUUCUGAAAUGCUUCCAACAUUGGGCCUGCGAGUUGGAUCUCAUCAUCUCUGCCCAUCCUUUGCCAUUUGGCCCUUGGUCCUGCGCAAUGAGCAUGUUUCCUCCUCGAGAGAGAACUC